AGGGGGGAAAAAAGGAAUUAAUAAUACAAUUUUUCAGGAAGCUGGAAAACCAGAAGCUCAGGCAACUGUUAAGAAAGUUUUUGUUGGAGGAUUAAAGGAAGAAAUAGAGGAAGAAGAUUUAAAAGAAUAUUUUAGUCAAUUUGGAAAUCUUCUUAGUGCCACUAUUGUUACUGAAAAAGAAACAGGAAAAAAACGAGGUUUUGCUUUUCUUGAAUUUGAUGACUAUGAUCCAGUUGAUAAAAUUGUAUUAAAACGCCACCAUGUAGUGAAAUCCAAAAGACUUGAAGUAAAAAAAGCUUUAUCAAAGCAGGAAAUGGAAGAUCUUAAAAGGAAUAAAGAGAUGAAAUCUGGUAACAGAGGAUCUUCUUCUGGAAGAGGUAACUAAAUUUACAUAGGCUAAAUAUAAG